AAUGUCAUCAUUAUGUCAGUAGUAUAAAAGAUAAAGAAAACACCACACAAUUUCGGGUUACAAAAUAAAAUUAUCAGUGCCAAUAGUGAUGGUCUACUUCACAUAGUUUAAGAAAACUAUUUAAGAUCUUCCGUCAUGGAGCAAAUGUACCUGAUUGAGAUAUUCGUAAACAAAGUGACCGUGUUUGCAAAGGAUGACGAAGAAGGUACCGGAAAUAAGAACCUUAUUAUCAAAAUUGGUUUUGGGCCUAAAGUACAAUUUAUUGUCAAAGAAGGUCAAUUAGCAGUGGUCGGGAGACCAGACGAUAUUAUCGAAACUGAAGAGAAAACUGGUCGCAGACAAUGGACGAGAACUAUACGAGUUGGUAAAUCUUAUCUUUUUCCUUCCCAUCCUGACACGAUACUUCAAACAUUAAGUAAAUUUCCGUUAGAAGUAGAAGUUUGGAACGACGAUGACACUGAACUUGAAAACAAUACGUACAUUGGUGUUGGUAAUAUGCACUGGGAUAGCAAGUUUUUCCUUAUGUUGAAAGAAACAAAAGAUUCCUGUAAGUUGCAUGAACCGUUGUCAAUUAAAACUAAAGUUCCCCUGAUGGCUGAAUGUUGCUGUAAACAAGUUGGCGAGAUUGAUUUUAUUCUUCGUUUGAGUGCUUUAGGAAACAGCAUAAUUACGGAAUUUCAACAAUUAAUGAAAGAUCCAGAAUCAUUUGUGUUUAGGACUAACAAAGCACCGAGCAUGUUUGAAUGCAAAAGGAUAGAAGGUGAUAACCCCAACUUUUGUAUGGUUGGGUCUCUAUAUGAGACUACCACGUUAGAAGACCCAGAUAUUCUGGAUAGAGCACAAAAUAAGAUUGAAGUGUGUACUGAAUUGCAAAGCUGUGGUAUGGCUAACAAACCGGAUCAAUACGUGUGUGAUCACACUGAUAUAGAAUCAACGACUCAUAAAAAGUAUGCAAUAGACAAGAUAAGAAUGGGUGAUAUCAGAGGUCCAUGUGGUAAUCCUAGUUGUAGUUUAGCACAUAAAGUGAGGAAAUAUAUCAGAGCUCUGGAUAGCUAUAAGGAAAAAGCCACGGGUAUCGUGGAUAUGAAGCUACCCGAUGAUAGAAAAGUAUGUGGGAAAUGUAUCUGCAAAGACGACCGGUGGCACAGAGACACCUGCCCGGAAACAACAAAGAUUAAGGUCAAAUGCAAAGGCUGCGAGGGAACUACCGAACCUGGUAACACCUGUGAAGAAAAAAGAGAUAAACUUUUUGGCACAGGAGCAACCCCGCAAACGAGUAACACGCAAAUAAAUUAUGUUUUCAGUAUUACUAAAUUUAGAGAUAACAAAAAAAGCUUGUUUGGACAAGACACUAUUGUUGAAAAUUGUUUUUGUGCAAAGUUUCAUACUUCGGUUGAUGACGACAAUAAAGCACGUCAAGACCAAUAUCCAUCUUCGAACGGUGGGUGUAGUUGUCGUCAGUUGGGAACAACCAAGACUAUGGGAAGUAAGACCACGAUGUAUAGCGUAGCCACCAACCCGAUGAUAUACAAUGUUGAAAAUAAUGCUCAAAGACACAGUGGAAGAAUGUCAACCGCCGUGGCUUCAGGCGCAGGAACAAAUUAUGCAAUGACAUACAACGUAGGUACCAGUGUCGGCAGCGCAGACCCUAAGCGUAAAAUGCAAGUUUUUAAUUGCGAAGUAGCUGACGAUAAAGAAUGCAAAUGCAAUCCAAAAAAGCCAGGCCCACCUUGUAAAACCUUUGAUUGUGAUUGUCUAUCAGAAACAGAAAACAUGAUGGCUAGGAAAUUACAUCGCCCGUACUGUCCUUCAUAUGUACACAAAGUUAAUUGUCCCGUCACUAUGAUGCACGAGGAAGAAGAACUUAAGAAGAACGAAGAAGAUGAAGAAGAGGUAGCUCCUUUGCCAUACGGCUUACCACCGAUUCAACUCGGCCCAUGUCCCAUCUUGGGAAGACCGUGCACAGUGCCUGACGGCUUUGCCAGAAUGUAUAAGAAUGCUCAAUUGCCAACCCAACCAUACAGCUACAGUGAAGAAGGCAAAGUGUGUUGUUCCAAGGAAUACGAAAGAAUAAAGAAGGCUAUAAAGGAGUACAUGAAAUACGAAAAAGAUCACGAUUUCCGCUGCAUCAACAAAUUUAAUAUAGACACAGAGAGACGCUGUUGUGACAAAGAACAAGUGUUGAUGUCUCUAAUGGGGAAGGCAUGCUGUGGUUCACAUAAAAUGGCUAUUCAAGACAAAUUUGCCGAAGACAAAAAGGACUAACAAUUUCAUUGAUGUUUUAUUUUGUAACCUGAUUAUAUCUUUUAUACAA